AUGUAUUGUGGAGAUUACACACAAGGAACAAUUUUUCCUGCUCCAAAUUUUAACCCUAUAAUGGAUGCCCAGUUGCUAGGAGGAGCCCUACAGGGAAUUAGUUGUGAAAAGGAUGUGUUGAUUGAAAUCCUAACUCAGCGUUGCAACUCCCAGCGGCUCAUGAUUGCCGAGGCAUACAGAGACAUGUAUGGCAGGGAUCUGAUAACAGACCUAAAAGAGAAUCUCUCUCAUCACUUUAAAGAAGUUAUGGUUGGCUUGAUGUACCCACCAGCAUCUUAUGAUGCCCAUGAGCUUUGGCAUGCCUUGAAGGGAAUAGACACAGAAGAAAAAUGCCUGAUUGACAUAUUAGCCUCAAGAUCAAAUAUGGAGAUCUUCCAGAUGAAAGAAGCCUACCUAAUGCAAUAUAAUACUGAUCUUCAACAAGAUAUCAAUUCUGAGACUUCAGGGCACUUCAGAGAUACACUCAUGAACCUCGCUCAGGGAACAAGGAUGGAAGGAUAUGCAGACCCUUCUACAGCUGCUCAGGAUGCAAUGAUUCUAUGGGAAGCAUGUCAGCAGAAGACAGGCGAACACAAAAACAUGCUGCAAAUGAUUCUCUGCAACAGGAGUCAGCAGCAGCUGUGGAUGGUUUUCCAGGAGUUCCAAAAUAUCUCUGGGCAAGACAUAGUCGACGCCAUUAAUGAAUGUUACGAUGGAUACUUUCAAGAAUUACUGGUUGCAAUAGUUCUCUGCAUUCGUGACAAGCCUUCCUACUUUGCUUACAGGCUUUAUAAUGCAAUUCAUGACUUUGGGUUUCACAAUAAAACAGUUAUUAGGAUUCUCAUUGCCAGGAGUGAGAUAGACUUGAUGAACAUCCGGCAGCGAUACAAAGAGAGAUAUGGGAAAUCACUCUUCCAUGACAUUAAACAUUUUGCUUCAGGGCAUUACGAGAGUGCUUUACUUGCUAUCUGUGCUGGUGAUACAGAAGAUUAUUAAGAAGAUGUACUCUGAAAGCUGUGAAAACCUAUUUUAAAUAGAAAUUAUUGAAGCUAUAUGAAAUGCACUAACUGUAAGAGAUCCCUAUUUUACAACAAAAAAAAAGCAAAAUCAGUAAUGUACAUUUGCUAAUAUUAAAUCUUUCUUGAGACAGGAAAAAAUGUUGGCAGGAACAUGGUUUUAUUCCUAGUUCUAAUUAAUAUUUCUGAUUUUAUGAUUAAUGAAAAUUAACGGAGCAAGUGUAAAAUGACUCCCCGCAGGCUUUUGUUUAUUAUUUAGUGUCACAACACCCCAAACAUUCAUCAACAGGCUCUGGAAGAAUUCAUUCACUUUCACACUAGAGAAAAUAUUUUGCUUUAUUUACUUUUAGCAAGAUUUCCUCCUUUAAGGAAAUUUUUUCUUGUCUUUCCUACUUCUUAUAUCUCAUAUUUUAUGCUCUUCAUCAUUGCUGUUUUAGUUACAACCACACUAAGCAUCUGCCCCCAUCUACUAUCACUGUCAGAGGGCUUUCGUAUUCUCUUUUACUUAGAUUACAUACUUAAUGGCCUUUCCCCUAUUCUGCUUGAAACAAAAGUAAAAAUCAGAAUCAAGUACUCCAUGCACUGGAAAACCUGGAAGACGAAGCACUACUUAACUCUAAGCAGAGAAGUUCCAGAGGAUUAAACUCUGAAUUCCAUUUUUACCCAUCUCAUUUUAAACAUCCAUGGAAUAUUGACCUUCAGAGCACGGAGGUAUAUCCAGACUGCUCUAGGUGGCAGAACUGACUGCCUGUGGGUGACACUGCCCCCCGAGCGAGGCUGAAGGGCGCGGCGCUCCCUGGAGCAGCCGCGGACAAUCCGCCACAGCAGCCGGAGACCGCGGCUCCCGCAGCGACGAGCAGAGGCGGCAGAGCCCGGCCUCGAGUCCUCGCCCCACGGAACAACGUGACGCUGCCUGGAAUACGCCGGGGCUGUUCAGGGCAUGCUAUGCUGGACGUAGUAUUCCCUGUCAGCCUCUUAUGGAAACACAAGGGAGGGAAAGUGUGGUAGCGUUCACUAAAACAUCUGCCCGUGGCUUUUCUCCGCCGCCACAAGGUGUCCAACUGGACACGGGCGCUCCGGAUGUUCUUACAGAGGCACUUUCUGCAGGUGCAGUCCGUGUGACUGAACAGAGCACUGCUGCAGAAAGGCACAAAUACCUGCUUGCUUUUGUGCCCUUGGCGCCUGUCGCUUCCCUCAGCCUCUGGAAAUAGCGCUAAUUACAGCACAUCUGGCUUCACUGCAAAUACUGACAUCGUGCUACAAAUAUGUUGAUUUAUAAUAAACUUAAAAUUUCUUUCCAA